AUGAUUCCUCGUAGUUCCUUGCCCGUUUUAGCCACAUGUGAGUACUCAACCACUUUGUUUGCUCCCUUAACUUUACUUUUCAUCAUGGCUGAUAUCGAAGAUACUCAUUUUGAUACUGGUGACUCCGGUGCAUCUGUUACCUAUCCUAUGCAAUGCUCUGCUUUACGUAAAAACGGUUUUGUUAUGCUAAAGUCUCGUCCUUGUAAGAUUGUUGAAAUGUCAACUUCUAAAACUGGAAAGCAUGGACAUGCUAAAGUGCAUCUUGUUGGACUUGAUAUUUUCAGCGGCAAAAAAUAUGAAGAUAUUUGUCCAUCUACUCACAACAUGGAUGUGCCAUUUGUUAAGCGUGAAGAUUAUCAGCUUACUGACAUAUCUGAUGAUGGAUAUCUAUGCUUGAUGUCAGACAAUGGUGAAUUGCGUGAAGAUUUAAAACUUCCAGAUGGUGACCUAGGAUCCCAGUUGAAAUCAGAAUAUGAUGCUGGAAAAGAAUUGCUUUGCACCGUACUAAAAUCAUGUGGUGAAGAAUGCGUCAUUGCCAUAAAAACCAACACUGCUCUCGACAAAUAAUAAUAAUGACACCAGAAGAAGAGUUUCUCGCAUGGAG